AUGGGGCCCACAUAUCAGUGACUGACUCAAGUGCAGUUAAUUCUCUGCUUCCAAACUCGAGAUAUCCAGCAACUUCCAGUCCAAAAUUGGAGUGCUUGAUCCGAUUUUUUUCCUUGAAGACAAUGGGAAGGAAAUGACCACCGGGCUGGGCUUCUCCUAGUCAGUGGCCCAUAGACACAGUGUGUACUCAGCCCAUGGUACAAGCUUACACAAAUGGGCUCCGGCCCAUCGUGAAACUGGCCCACGCCUACCCAAACGCACGCACUGGUCCGAGGACUCUCGACUUCUCGUCUCGAGCCUCCCCUUCCUCGAGUUCGGCCAAUGUCCACGGCCUAGCGAUCCCGGCAGCUGGAGGCGACGAGCCGACGAGCAGAGGCAGAGGGCGCGGGAGGAGAGAGCCAGAGAGAGGGGGGAAGCGUGGCGAGAGGAGGAGCAGCGCGGGACGCCGCCGCCACCGCCGCAGCCUCAGCCAUGUCGGUGCAGGAGUACCUGGAGAAGCACCUGCUGUCGCGCAAGAUCGAGGAGGCCGUGAACGCGGCGGUCCGCGCCAAGGCCCCCGACCCGGUGCUCUUCAUCUCCAACCACAUGCGCCGGGCGGCGCCGGCCGUGAUCACGAGCGUGCGGGCGCGCCAGAUCCUCGACGGCCGCGGGGAGCCCGCCGUGGAGGUCAGCCUCCACACCAACAAGGCCGUGCACCGCGCCUCCGCGGCCGCCGCGGACGCCCCCGAGGGCGCCGCCGCCGACGCCGUCAGGGACGCCGAGAAGCGGAAGCUGCUCGCCAGGGCGGUCGCCGAUGCGGUGCGGGUGAUCAACGACAAGGUGUCGGAGGCGCUUGUGGGAAUGGAUCCGCAGCAGCAGUCGCAGAUCGACCAGGCCAUCAUGGACUUGGACAAGGCGCAUCACAAGGCUGAGAUUGGAGUGAAUUCUAUGUUGGCUGUAUCAAUUGCAGCUUGUAAAGCAGGUGCUGCUGAAAAAGAGGUUCCAUUGUACAAGCAUAUAGCAGAACUUGUUGGGAAAAGCGCUACGACACUUCCCAUCCCUGCAAUUACAGUCAUUAAUGGAGGAACACAUGCUGGAAACAGUCUCCCUAUUCAAGAAAUUAUGAUCCUUCCUGUUGGUGCCAAAAACUUUGAAGAAGCAAUGCAGAUGGGUUCUGAGACAUAUCAUCAUCUGAAGGAUAUCAUCUUGGAGAAAUAUGGUUCAAACAGCUGCAACAUAGGUGAUGAUGGUGGAUUUGCUCCAAAUAUUUCCAGCAUAACCGAAGGCUUGGAUCUUGUCAUUGAGGCAAUAAAUAGAGCUGGAUAUAAUGGAAGGAUCAAGCUAGCAAUUGAUGUCGCCGCUACCGAUUUUUGCAUGGGAAAUAAGUAUGACAUGGAGUUCAAGUUUGCAGAGAAAUCAGGGCAGGGCUUCAAAACUGCAGAUGAUUUGAUUGAGAUUUAUAGCCAGCUUUGUUCAGAGUACCCACUUGUCUCAAUCGAACAGCCCUUUGAUAAAGAUGACUGGGAGCAUUCGAAGAAGUUUACCACCCUAGAGCUGUGCCAGGUUGUAGGUGAUGACUUAUUGAUGUCAGAUCCCGAACGCAUUAAGCGGGCAGUAAAUGAGUAUACCUGCAAUGCUCUUGUUCUCAAGGCUAAUCAAGUAGGCACUGUCACGGAAGCCAUAGAGGUUGUGAGACAGGCAAAGGAUGCUCAUUGGGGCGUAAUGGUGUCACAUAGGUCCGGGGACACUGAUGAUUCUUUCAUUGCUGACUUGGCUGUUGGUGCUGCUGCUGGACAGAUCAAAGCGGGUGCUCCUUGCCGUGGAGAAUGUCUCAGUAAAUACAAUCAGCUGCUUAGAAUAGAGGAAGAACUUGGAAGUGACGGUGUUUAUGCAGGGGAAAAUUGGAGAACCACCGCAAGCACAAGCUGACUUACAGCGUAGGUACAUGAGGUGCAGGUUCCAUCUUGACCUGCCUUAAUGUGCUGAGCUUUCCAUGGUUGGCUUGCUCAAUUGUGUUUUGUUCUGGCUCGGCAAAGAGCAUGGAACAGGACAGCCAAAGAAACGGGAGGGGAACAGUUUGUAUUAUUGGGCAUUUGGGCACCACAUUUUUUUUUUCCGUAGGUGUAGUGGAUGAACUUGCGGAGCAUUACCUAUUUUAGUGAUGUUUGACUGCGAAUUCAUUUCUUUGUGGUGAGCAUGGACGUGAGUAAAAUGAGUUGAGAAAGGGAUUUUAAGAAAUA